CUCCCCUACUCCUUUUAAGCAUUAGAAUUAUUUGUCUUCUUCAACGAGAUUGGGACACAGAAAAAAAAAAAAAACUGGCCACCUGUGUUUUCCUCAACCUUAUGUAGAUAACCUCUUCUUUUCAUCAGUUGGGAAGUUGGUAGUUAUGGCUGUUGAGUUCCAUGGGAGACAGAGGUUGCUUCUUUCAAAGCUUCUCAACGACGAUGAUAUUCUCUCGGAGGACCGGCGUACCACCCAGACCGGUUCACCUUUUGGCUCCUCUUCCUCCGGUUUGAGCUCACCAUUCGGGUCGGACCUCUGCUCCACCGAAACAGAGAGCAGCGACGAUGACAACAACAGCGAUUUCAUUGCUGAGUUGACUCGCCAGAUGGCUGAUUACAUGCUUGAAGAAGACGAUGAAAGAUUGGGCUCCAAAGACCAACAUGGUGAGAGAAUUCAUAGCACACCCAAACUCAAUAAACCCACAUCGAUCCCUGCUUUUUGUGAUGAUCAAACACGACCUGUUCAUUUGUAUAAGUUGGAGAAUCAACCGUCGAUUGCAAGUUGGGGAAGACGAGUGAAGAGGACCGAGUUGACUCACCAACUUGAGCAAAAGCAACAAGUUCAUCAUCAAAAACCGCACCACAUGCAAAGCAGAGGAAGAAGAACUGAUGCUGAAGGCGGUAGUGGUGGUGGCUUUGGAUCACCGGCGGCUACGGCGGCUCCACCGCUGCAGCAGCGUCGGCGGCAAGUUGGUUCGGGUUCGGGCAUGAGAGCAGUUUUCCUUGGCGGGCCCGGUUCAAGAAGUGGGUCUUCGGGUACGGGCGUGUUCCUUCCACGUGGAACCGGCAACCCAUUGGACGUCACUGUCAGCAAGAAGAAAUCAGGUUGUUCGACGGUUCUUAUUCCUGCAAGAGUAAUGCUGGCCCUCCAACUCCACUUCAAAGAAAUGAAAACUCAGCGUCGUGGGUCACAAUCGAAUACUUGUGUAGGCUUUAAUAGUCCCCCCGUUCAACACGAUGUUGAGAGGUUAGAAAGGAGUGACUUGCACUCAGAGCAAAAGGGAGUGGCGAACCAUCAGGAGAUAGGUCUCCCUCAUGAAUGGACUUAUUGACUUCACCAACCAUGCCAUGCCUUGAUUGGACAAAGAAUAAACAGUCAGUCAGACAUACAAAAAUAUUCAAAAAUAAAAUAAAUUAAUAUAGUUCAGAUUCAACAUUUCGCACUUGAAAUGAAUCUAAAUUAUAUUUGUUUACGUUUUUGGAUCUGAAUCUCUGAUAGGUAGCAUUACUGAAGACAAUAAGGAGAAGGGGAUUGUCUCCAUCUAAUCGUGGAAUCUUUAGGAGAACAAUAAUUGAUGUGGAAAAAAUAUAAAAGUCAAAUUAAAAGAUGAUUAUGGUUGGAGGGAUUGAUAUUAAAAUCCUUUGUAAUAAAUUAUUGAGCUGUCAGCAACGUGAGUUGCUUGUGCUAAUGGAAAUCUAUGUUUGCCCAUUUUGGUGA